CAAAAAUCACUCUCAGCAAGGUGUAAAAUUAAAUCAAAACUACAUUUAAACAAACUGAGAAGAGAAUUUUCAUGCUUCUUAUUUCUUAACUAGUACGGAAAGUACCACUUUUCCGCACGCGAUUGCAGUUGACUGAACGACGCGUAGAGGAGUUUGGCCAAGAAAACAAGUGAAGAAAAGAGACUUUUCGGACUAGUCCGGAAAAAUCAUUAGGAAAAAUGGUACUUUGACGAUUUAAAAUGAGUGCAGAAAAGGAAAAAAUCGCAAAAAAAUGUGGAACGCUUCACGAUUUUGCGUGUCAUCCUUGCGCAGGGGCCAUGCUAAUCUUCUCUGUAUCGUUCCAAUUUUAGUAUAUGUACCGCCGAAGCGAGUACAAUUAUCGAAAUUUGGAACUCUUAUUUAAACUCAAAUCAGCACUUUUAACACCGGUAUGAUGUACUGGGAAAUAAUAACAUCAGCGCCAUCUAUGAACUUAGAUUCAAAAGAAUUAUCGAGUAGAAAUGUGUGUAUGUCUUUGUCUUGUCCAUGCAGUUAAGCAGAGACAGCAACAAAAACACAUUGUUCAAUGUUGUCAGAUUUUCCAAACCCAAAAAUGACAUGUUAUUUUGUCAGGUUGUUUAAAAAAGGGUUUAUUGAAUAAGUUCCCUUUGGCCCAACAAAAAUAAAAUAAACCUAAUGAAUUUAGUUUAAAUUUAACUAAUAAUCAAAUAACAGUGCUUAAGUAACAUCCAGGACUUAGAAAUGGCUGAUUUCAUCGAUUCUGAAGCGGAAGUAAGCAGCGAGGAGGAGGAAUUGGAGCCUCAUGAACGUAAAAAACUCAAAAAAGUCAAAGCAAUGGACGAUAGUUCUGAAGAGGAAGAAGAUGAUGAUGAUAGACUGAGAGAAGAUUUGAAAGACCUCAUCGAUGAUAAUCCAAUAGAUGAAAGUGAUGGGGAAGAUUCUGAUGCUUCUGGGCGUCAGAAAAGGAAGAAAUCUGAUGAUGAAGAAGAUUUGGAUGACAGACUGGAAGAUGAAGAUUAUGACUUGUUGGAAGAAAACUUGGGGGUUAAAGUGGAAAGAAGAAAAUUCAAAAGACUGAGAAGAAUUCAAGACGAAGAAAGCGAAGGAGAAGACGAAAACGACGCUGAACAAGACAGAGAACAAAUCGCUAACGAUUUAUUUUCUGAAGAUGAUGAUGAAAGACAUUCUGAACGCAGUCACAGACCAACAGUUGUCGAUCCAGAUCAAUUUGCUGAAGAAGAAGACGAAGGCGAAUACUCAGACGCAGAUGAUUUCAUCGUUGACGACGACGGUAAACCAAUAGCCCGAAAAAAGAAGAAGCCCAUCUUUACUGAUGCUGCUUUGCAAGAGGCCCAAGAAACCUUUGGAGUCGAUUUCGAUUAUGAUGAAUUUUCGAAAUAUGAUGAAUACGAUGAUGAAGAGGAAGAUGAAGAAGAUGAAUAUGAGGAGGACGAAGAAGGCGAAAGAAGACGCCGCCAGAAAAAGGCAGCCAAAAAACGCCCAACCAAAAAGUCAAUAUUUGAAAUCUAUGAACCGUCUGAGCUUAAACGAGGCUUCUUUACUGAUUUAGAUAACGAAAUCCGUAGUACAGACAUCCCAGAAAGAAUGCAACUUAGAGAUGUCCCAUUAACAACAGUGCCUGAUGAUUCAACUGAAUUAGACGAUGAAGCCGAAUGGAUCUACAAACAAGCCUUUUGCAAAAGCACUGUAUCCAAUAUGGACGUAAAUCUGACUCAAGAGGCUCGCGAAAAACAACGCAAAGGCCCCCUAGCUAUAGGCAAAAUAAGAAAAGCUUUAGAAUUCAUGCGCAACCAACAUCUUGAAGUACCUUUCAUAGCCUUCUACAGAAAAGAAUACGUACAGCCUGAACUAAACAUAAACGAUUUAUGGAAAGUUUACAAAUUUGACGCCAAAUGGUGCCAGCUAAAAACCAGAAAGGAAAACUUGUUGAAUCUGUUUGAAAAAAUGCGCUCCUACCAAAUGGAUCAGGUUAUGAAAGACCCUGACGCACCCUUACCCGAUAACUUACGCAUAAUAAAAGACAACGACAUCGAGCGCCUAAAAAACGUCCAAACAGUCGAGGAAUUAAACGAUGUCCAUAAUCAUUUUAUUUUAUAUUACGCAAACGAUUUGCCUGCAAUGCACGCUGCCUGGCGUCUAAAAGAAAAAGAACGCAAAAAGCAACUGAGACGUGAAGCCAGACUAAAAGCUAUUGCUGAAGCUGAAGACGGUGCAGACAUCCCAGAAGAAAUCCCAGACGAAGACCAAGACGACGAACCCGAACCUGAAACAAUCAAAUACGCAAACAGAUCAGGUUCGUAUUCAUUAUGCAGCCGGGCAGGUUUGGAAAGUUUAGCCAAAAGAUUUGGGCUUUCGCCUGAACAUUUUGCCGAAAACUUACGGGACAAUUACCAAAGACACGACGUCGAUCAAGAAGCAGGUGAACCAAACGAAGUUGCUCGACAAUAUGUUUGUCCCAAAUUUCAAACUGUUGAAGAAGUUAUGCAGGCUGCAAAAUAUAUGGUUGCUUUGCAAAUUGCACGGGAACCACUAGUACGCAAGUGUGUUAGAGAGGUAUUUUACGAACGUGCUAAAAUUACUGUUAAUCCAACCAAGAAAGGACAAAAAGUAAUUGAUGAAGCCCAUAAUUGUUUUUCGAUGAAGUAUUUGAAAAAUAAACCAGUAAGAGAUUUGGCAGGGGAUCAAUUCCUUAAGCUAACUUUAGCUGAAGAGGAUCAACUAGUUACAAUUCAAAUAAGUAGUACUAUUGAAGGACAUACAUCUAGUUCUUUUAUAGAUGAAGUCAAGCAAUUAUAUAUUAGAGAUGAGUUUAGUAAAAAUGUACAAGAGUGGAAUAAAGUUAGAUCAGAGUGUGUUGAGCGGGCUUUGACUCGUUGCGUCAUUCCAGACUUACAAGCUGAGCUUAGAAGAGUGCUUUUAGCUGAAGCCAAAGAAUUUGUGCUCAAGGCUUGCUGUAGGAAAUUGUACAAUUGGAUCAAGAUUGCUCCGUAUCAAGUUGAAUUUCCUGAAGAAGAUGAAGACGAAUGGGAUACUAGUAAAGGUAUAAGAGUAAUGGGCUUGGCUUAUGUGCCAGAUUAUUCUCAGUCGGCUUUUACUUGUAUAUCGACUGCAGAUGGUGAUAUUACUGAUUAUUUGAGGUUGCCGCAUAUUUUGAAGCGGAAAAACAGCUGGAAACAGGAAGAAAAGCUGAUGAAGGAAGCGGAUUUGACGGCUUUGAGGAACUUCAUUUACACCAAAAAACCUCACGUUAUCGCAAUAGGAGGCGAAUCCCGAGAAGCCCUAAUGAUUGCCGAAGACCUGCGCGGAAUCGUGAAAGACUUAAUCGAAUCCGACCAAUUUCCGGCAAUCAAAGUGGAAAUCGUCGAUAACGAGCUGGCAAAAGUCUACGCAAUUUCCAACAAAGGAAUCGCCGAUUUCCGAGAUUACCCCGAACUAUUACGCCAAGCGAUUUCAUUGGCCCGUCUAAUGCAAGAUCCACUAAUUGAAUAUUCGCAAAUGUGCAACAGUGACGAGGAAAUUUUGAGUUUAAGAUUCCACAAAUUGCAAGACCAAUUGACAAAAGAGGAACUUUUAGAAGCUUUAUGUUUGGAGUUUGUUAAUAGGACAAACGAAGUUGGGGUGGAUGUUAAUUUGGCUGUACAACAAGCGCAUAAAAGUCAUUUGAUACAGUUUAUAUGUGGUUUGGGGCCUAGAAAGGGACAGGCUUUGUUGAGAAUUUUGAAACAAACCAAUCAGCGCUUGGAAAAUCGUACCCAACUUGUUACAGCUUGUCAUAUGGGACCUAAAGUUUUCAUUAAUUGUUCUGGAUUUAUUAAAAUUGAUACCAACAGUUUGGGCGAUAGUACUGAAGCUUAUGUCGAAAUUCUAGAUGGUUCUAGAGUGCAUCCAGAAACUUAUGAGUGGGCCAGGAAAAUGGCUGUAGAUGCUUUGGAGUAUGAUGAUGAUGAAGGUGCUAAUCCUGCAGGGGCUUUGGAGGAGAUUCUAGAAACUCCCGAGAGGCUAAAGGAUUUGGAUUUGGAUGCUUUCGCUGAGGAAUUGGAGAGACAAGGAUUUGGUAACAAAAGUAUCACCCUCUAUGACAUCAGAGCCGAACUAAACUCCCGAUACAAAGACUUAAGAUCCCCAUUUAGAUCUGCCAAUCCUGAAGAAUUAUUCGAUAUGUUAACCAAAGAAACCCCUGAAACGUUUUACAUAGGGAAACUAGUCCAAGUUUCAGUGGUUGGAAUUGCUCGUAGGAAACCGCAAGGUGAACAGUUAGAUUCAGCCAAUCCUGUGCGUAAUGAUGAAACCGGUCUAUGGCAGUGUCCGUUUUGUUUGAAAAACGAUUUCCCUGAAUUAUCCGAUGUGUGGAAUCAUUUUGAUGCUGGUUCUUGUCCUGGACAAGCCACAGGAGUAAAAUUGAGGCUAGAUAAUGGAAUUUCUGGCUAUAUUUAUAUUAAAAAUUUAAGCGACAAACCUGUUAAUAAUCCUGAAGAACGUGUAGGAAUUGGGCAACUAAUACAUUGUAGAAUAAUCAAAAUCGAUGUAGAAAGGUUUUCAGUUGAUUGCACUUCAAAGUCCAGUGAUUUGGUUGAUAAGAAUCACGAAUGGCGGCCACCCAAAGAUCCUUUUUACAAUCAAGAACAAGAGGAUAAAGAUUUGAGAAUUGAGGCUGAAAAGAGACAAGAAAAGCAAAAGCAAACCUACAUUAAACGUGUAAUAGUGCAUCCAGCUUUUCACAAUAUUUCCUAUAAGGAAGCUGAAAAAUGUAUGGUCAACAUGGAUCAAGGUGAAGUCAUUAUUAGGCCUUCGAGUAAAGGGGCUGAUCAUCUUACAAUCACUUGGAAGGUGGGGGAUGGCAUUUAUCAACACAUUGAUGUCAAAGAAGAAGGCAAAAUUAAUGCCUUUUCUUUAGGGAAGUCUUUAUGGAUUGGUAAUGAAGAAUUUGAAGAUUUAGAUGAAAUACUUGCAAGAUAUGUUACGCCUAUGGCUUCAAAUGCUAGAGAUCUUUUGUAUUUUAGAUAUUAUAAAGAUACUAAUGGUGGUAUGAAGGACAAAGCAGAAGAAGCUAUAAGAGAAGAAAAAAAGAAAAACCCCAACAAAAUCCAUUACGUAGUGAGCGCGGCUAAAAAUUUCCCAGGCAAAUUCCUCCUUUCCUACAUGCCAAGGAAUAAAAUCAGGCACGAAUACAUUACAGUGACCCACGAAGGUUUCAGAUUGAGACAACAAAUGUUUGACUCAGUAGGCUCACUAUUUAAAUGGUUCAAAGAGCACUUUAGAGACCCCAUUCCUGGUGGAACGCCUAGUACUCCUAGAUUGGGCAGUACUUCUAGUAGAACACCUUUUCAAGGAGGCGGUACACCUUAUAACAAUGUCAACUCUGAAGCAAUUCAAAGGGUGGCUCAGAAUUUGCCCAGUCACAUGUUGCAAAGUUUAUCGGCUGUGGCCAAUCAAACACCGCAUUAUCCUCACACCCCUGGAGGAGCUUAUGGGGCUAAUUACGUGACUACUCCUUAUACUCCUAGCAGUCAGACACCUUUUAUGACUCCUUAUGCUACACCUCAUACUCAAACACCAAGUUUUUCUCCCUCUCAACAAUCACAAUCUGGAUUGCCUCAAGGGCAAGGCACGUUUUUGCACCCAGGCUCAGUGACUCCUUCAAAUCAUAGUGUGAGCAGUUCCUACUCUAGAGCCAGUCAACGUAGUCAUAUUUCUUCUAGAAAUCCUCCUAGCAAUAGUGCUGGGUACCAUCACAGGUCUGGUAGUGCUUACGGUAGUACUGCUGAUCAAAUGGAUUGGCAAAAGGCUGCUGAAGCUUGGGCAGCAAAAAGUAAAGGUACUCCAAGAAGUGAAGGUCGUAUUACUCCUAGAGGAUCGACAGGUCAAAGAACGCCUCGGUAUGAUGACAUACAUGCUGAUUUGGAGCGUACCAGAAUGAAAAAUGUAGGCAAGAGUCCUAGGUCUAUGAGAAGCACGACGCCCCUUAGUAUGUCGAUGGGUGAUGCUACCCCUCUUUAUGAUGAGAAUAUUUAAUUAAAUAGGUUUUAUUUGGAUCCUAGUUUUUAAGGCAGUCUUUUUUGUUUAAUAAAGUUUUUUUUUUUAACAA